AUGGCUUUCACUCAGGCUCGCCGCGUCCUGAUACUAGCAGCUUUCCUCGCGGCGAUGGUGGCGGUGGCUUUCGCAGGCGACGACGACAACAACAGAGGCGACAGCUGGAAACCUAAGAGCUUCACGUCCGCGCUGGUUGGGGCUAACGAGAUUCCCAAGAAUAACUCCGAAGCUGCCAGGAACGCCGUUGGGGACAAGCGCGGCACUGUGGAUAUGAAGCUGGACAUUCAUAAGAGCAACGGGGAGCCCGUAUUUGUGGCGUAUUCGGUGAAAACGUCGAAUUUGGAAGGCGAGAUGCCGCCGACCAUGACCCACGUGCACAACGGCACGAAGGGGCGGAACGGAGCAAAGCUGCUGGACCUGCCGUGCACGUAUCAGAAGAAGAGCAGCAGCGAGUGGGUCUGCCAGGGAUCACUGGGUGAGCCCCUGAACGAGCGCACGCGUGCUCUGCUGUGGACACUCAAGAGGAUCACGAAGCACCCGCAUGAGUUUUACGGGAACAUUCACACCAAGAAGUAUCCCGAUGGUGCCGUGCGCGGUCAGUUCAGGAAGGCCUAG